UGCCGAACCCAUCGUUUGCACUCUACUUCUAAGCGAUUGUUGACAAAGUGUUAGAGCUUGCCGAGAUAACUGUUCUCUCUCAGAAUCACAUUUUAUCAGAUAAUUACAAGACAAAAAAAUGAUUAACAUUUGUAGUAUUAUGUCCACAAUAAUAAUAUUUUUGAAUCUACUUUGUCUUAGCACAAGGUACUGCAAAUCGCAACCAAAAAAAUUGGUGAUAGAUACUGAUCCUGGUGGAGAUGACGCUUUAGCAAUAAUGUUGGCUCUUAUGUACGAGGUCAAAACUCACGAUAUUGAAAUUUUAGCUAUAACCGCCACAUAUGGAAACACAUAUUUGAAAAAUGCCGAAGAAAACGUAUUAAAAAUAUUAACAGUUGCUAACAGAAGUGAUAUACCCGUGUAUGGUGGAUCCCAGAAACCAUUACUAUACCCGUACCAGUUUAGCGAUUAUUUCGGUAAAGAUGGAUUUGGAGAUUUUAAUUUUACUCGUGAAAUUAUUGCAAAAAUUGACAAAUCAAAGCACGCUUCCGUAGUACUUGUAGAAUUGAUAAAGCAAUAUCCAGACGAAAUAACUAUAGUCACACUUGGACCCCUAACGACAAUUGCAACAGCAAUUGCUUUAGAACCUAAUUUCUUGCACUUAGUAAAACACCAUGUCGUAAUGGGAUCAAAUAUCUACAAAAACAUAAUCGAAUAUAAUUUCAGUCAAGAUCCAGAAAGCAACUGGAUUACAUUUAAUAACACCAAUAAACCCAUCACUGUACUUCCGAUAGAGACAGUUGCUUCUAUUUUAAAGGAAGAAUAUCGAGAUCUUUACAGUAAGUUAGAUCAUUCCAUCGCAAAUUUUCUACAACAAGCGGAAAGAAUCUCUUUGGAGAAAUCAGAGACAUGGCUACCAGCUGACGGCAUAACUAUGGCAGCUGUGCUACAACCGGAGAUAAUAACAGAAUCUUUCGAAACUAAAUUGAUUCCGAUACUCGUAGGUGACAAUAGAGGUUCAGUCGCACUAGAUAACGAUAACAAAAUGCACAAUGCGAAUGUUAUAAAAACUAUUAAUAUAACUGCGUUCAAAAAUUUCAUAUUACAAUAUCUUCAUUGAAAACGUGAUUUGAGUUAAAUUUGAAAAUUAUCAUUAUUGUCUCUCUGUUAAGUUACUUUGAUUUUGUAUCGUUUUUGUAUCUCUACAAAUAUAUGUACUUAAAGAUAUAUAAUAUAC